AUGUUUCGCCGACAUUGGUCAAGCCUCCCUAAGGAUAUCUCCUUUCCAAGGGAUCUGACCGGCCUUGGAUACUUUUUGAAUGAUCAGGAUGAAAUUCGAUCGAUUGAAAACCCCGACUGCUAUUUCAAAUACUUUGCCAACAAGAACUCGCGCGUUAAUGAACGCCAGCGAUUCCAUUUCAAUAUGGCUCUGGAAGACAUGAUCCAUGAUCGUCUCGAGAAAGAAGGCCUCCAGAAGUUCCAACUGCUGCCCGAAAACGAGAAACACUGUCCCAUUUUCUUCAACCCCAACAUCGUCAAGACCGCACGCAUCGUCAUCGUCAUUGGCGAACCCUCUCAAGAUCUAGGAUUCCUCGCUGGCCGAAUUGUGAACGGGCCUGGUGGUGUUGCCAGGGGCAGUAUGAUCAGUGUCGUGCAGGCGCUUGCCAAGCAGACUGCUGCCCGAGGGGAUUCAGAGCCUCCUUGCGUUAUCCUCGCCAACGUAGGUCAGAGAUACUGGUGGCCUGAACAAAAGCGGUCUCUUACCAUUGAAGCGGCUGGAGAUGUCCCUCUUCCCAGCAUGGUGCAUACUGGACGGCGAUACGUCAAGGAACUGAAUGAAAUUCCUGGAAGUGAAACUCCUCUUGCGCACGUCAAGACCAUUUUCGACAAGGUUCUCGAGGCGAACAAGAGUGCCAAUAUCGAUAUCGUUGCUAUCGGGCAAAGUUGCGAGGUGGUUUUGCAGCUUUUUGAGGAGGAACAGAGCUGGACCCAGUGGGGUCAUCGUCUAGGUGGCAUGCUCCUCAUGGGGACUGUCUUUCCUGCAGACGGGCUUACCAAUGUCGAGUUCAAAGACUUCCUUGCCAAGCGGACCCGGGCUUAUCUCAUCUCUGAUGAACCUCUCGACACUCCUUUGGCAAUGCCUGCAGGAAACCCGGCGCUCUUGAUUGAACCUCUUGGAUGUCCUUGCUUCUCUGGUGGAGAACAGCAGCACGCCGAACUCAUUCUCAUUAAAGCCCUCGAGCCAGCCCUUGCCUACUUGCAAGAGAUUGCCCUGACAGAAGACUUCGUAAACCCCGACAUGGCUGUUGCAGAGCGACUCCCCACUGACAUCACCGACGAUCAAUGGAAUGAGCUACCAGAGGAAACCAAGCCCGAGGUCACGGCUCUGGAACCAGAAGUGAUGAAGGAGCAGAUCAAGCAGCUCAGACGCUGGGAUAGGUUUGCAAAGACGGGCUUGGCCCCUGAGUCGGACUCAGAUGAAGAAUGA